CUCGGACUAUCGCGGGCGAAUGCGGACCAUCGCAUGAUGGCUCGUGCCUGACCCCGGUUUCCAUGUGUCCGAAUCCAUAUCACUCCGUGUAACUAUACAACUACCAGUUUCAGACGCCCAGGCACCCCGCACUCUCGGAGAUGGACGUACGAGUAUAUAUAUCCCCCGUCGAGCUGAAUUGAAGCUUGAAUCAUAGUUGUUGAUCGUCUAUUCAAACUAUUCAAUACAAAAUGUCUCUUACAGGAAGUUGCUUGUGUGGAGAGGUGGCUUAUGCCAGCAGCAGCCCUGCGACGCUCACGGCUCUCUGCCACUGCUUAGACUGCCAGAAGUGGACUGGCUCAACGUACACCGCAAAUGCCGUAGUCCCCGAAGCAUCCUUCCAGGUCACCAAAGGCGAGCCCAAGUUUUACGACACUAUCGGUGACUCUGGAAAGAAGAACAGACAUUUUUUCUGCGCCAACUGCGGAUCCAGCCUGUACGGAGUGUUGGACGUCAUGCCGGGAGAGAUUGUCAUUAAGAGCGGCGGACUGGAUAACGGAGCAGCUGACCUGAAGAACGUGGGGCUUGAGUUUUACUGUGAGAGGAGGUUGAGCUUUGUCCUACCAACAGAGGGAGCCAACCAAGUUCCUCGGUUUGGUUAGACAAUGAACAACGCAGCAGUUUAUGGCUCUGUUGGUUACUCAAAAAAGAAAAAAAGUUCUUCAUAUGGUCAAAUUUGGUACUUCUGGAGAGCAACUUUUGACAGAGAGUGAAUACUGUUAACCAAAGUCGAAGUUUCCACCAUGUUACUCGGAGUCGUCCGACAUUUAUACCACCAAAGCGAGGAGGAAUAGUCAUAUAUUCAAAUCAAAAUUGCCAUAGUUCAUACAUGACUUGAACUUGCUCAUACUGGGGAGUUGGUUCCUUAUCGUGGAUCAAGAGGGCACGAGGCAAUGGGGGAAGUAAUGCGAAGGACAGAAGCCAUUGGCCCUUUUGGAUAGUUAACUAAACAACUCAACAGGCGUAAACGGGCCAAAAAUGAGCCUUUUAUUGGCUGACUUGGGCGAAUUGGUUAUAAAUAAUGUUCUCAUGACUCAGCGAUCAGAAGCAACCAAGCAGACUUGAUC